AAAUAUCAUAUCCCAACUUCUCUCUCGGCUCAGAUCUCUCCCCAUUUUCAUCAUUCUAUCGCCAUUUCCCUUGAUUUUAUUGUCUCUUCCAACACCUCAGUCGUCUCCUCUCUUCUGCUCCGCCGUCCACCAUGGCUAAUCAGCCUGAAUCUUCCGACUCUAAGGGCACCAAGAGGGAUUUUAGCACCGCGAUUUUGGAGCGCAAGAAAGCGGCGAACCGGCUAGUUGUCGAUGAGGCUAUCAAUGAUGACAACUCGGUGGUUGCGCUUCACCCUGACACUAUGGAGAAGCUUCAACUAUUCCGUGGCGACACGAUCCUGAUCAAGGGGAAGAAAAGGAAGGAUACAAUCUGCAUUGCUCUUGCUGAUGACACGUGUGAUGAGCCAAAAAUAAGAAUGAACAAGGUUGUGAGAAGCAACCUGAGGGUUAGGCUUGGAGAUGUUGUUUCCGUGCAUCAAUGUGCUGAUGUUAAGUAUGGAAAGCGGGUGCACAUUCUUCCAGUAGAUGACACUAUUGAAGGUGUUACAGGGAAUCUUUUUGAUGCAUACUUGAAACCCUAUUUCUUGGAGGCCUAUCGUCCGGUGAGGAAGGGCGAUCUCUUCCUUGUGAGGGGAGGAAUGAGAAGUGUGGAGUUCAAGGUCAUUGAGACUGAUCCUCCUGAAUAUUGUGUGGUUGCCCCUGACACUGAAAUCUUCUGUGAUGGGGAGCCUGUGAAAAGAGAGGAUGAAGAUAGAUUAGACGAGGUUGGUUACGAUGACGUUGGUGGUGUUAGAAAACAAAUGGCACAAAUCCGUGAAUUGGUGGAACUGCCACUGAGACAUCCACAGCUUUUUAAAUCCAUUGGAGUAAAGCCACCCAAGGGAAUUCUGCUUUAUGGCCCCCCUGGAUCUGGAAAGACCCUGAUUGCCAGAGCUGUGGCUAAUGAAACUGGGGCUUUCUUUUUCUGUAUCAAUGGACCAGAAAUUAUGUCAAAGUUAGCUGGAGAAAGUGAAAGCAAUCUUAGGAAAGCUUUUGAGGAGGCAGAAAAGAAUGCUCCAUCAAUUAUCUUUAUUGAUGAGAUUGAUUCAAUUGCUCCUAAGCGUGAAAAGACUCAUGGAGAAGUCGAGAGAAGGAUUGUUUCUCAGCUCUUGACACUUAUGGAUGGAUUGAAAUCCCGUGCCCAUGUCAUUGUUAUUGGAGCUACAAAUCGUCCAAACAGCAUUGAUCCAGCUUUGAGACGAUUUGGACGAUUUGACAGGGAAAUAGAUAUUGGAGUGCCUGAUGAAGUUGGGCGUCUUGAGGUUCUCCGUAUACAUACUAAGAACAUGAAGCUUGCUGAAGAUGUUGACCUAGAAAAAAUUGCCAAGGAAACGCAUGGGUAUGUUGGAGCUGACCUGGCAGCUCUUUGUACCGAGGCUGCACUUCAAUGCAUUAGAGAGAAAAUGGAUGUGAUUGAUUUGGAAGAUGAAACAAUAGAUGCUGAGAUUCUUAACUCAAUGGCUGUUACAAAUGAGCACUUCUCGACUGCUCUGGGAACUAGUAACCCAUCUGCUCUACGUGAAACUGUUGUUGAAGUGCCCAACGUCAGCUGGGAAGAUAUUGGAGGUCUUGAGAAUGUCAAGAGGGAACUUCAAGAGACUGUACAAUAUCCAGUGGAACAUCCCGAGAAGUUUGAGAAAUUUGGAAUGUCACCCUCAAAGGGAGUUCUUUUCUAUGGCCCUCCUGGAUGUGGAAAAACCCUUCUGGCCAAAGCUAUUGCGAAUGAGUGCCAGGCAAACUUCAUCAGUGUCAAGGGUCCCGAAUUGCUUACAAUGUGGUUUGGAGAAAGUGAGGCCAAUGUUCGGGAAAUUUUUGACAAGGCGCGUCAGUCUGCACCUUGUGUUCUGUUCUUUGACGAGCUUGACUCUAUUGCCACUCAGAGAGGCAGCAGCGUGGGAGAUGCUGGAGGUGCUGCUGAUCGAGUUCUGAACCAACUUCUGACGGAAAUGGACGGAAUGUCAGCAAAGAAAACUGUCUUUAUAAUUGGGGCCACCAACAGACCAGAUAUUAUAGAUCCUGCGCUUCUUCGUCCAGGACGUCUUGAUCAAUUGAUUUAUAUUCCGCUCCCCGAUGAGGAUUCUCGUCACCAAAUUUUCAAGGCUUGCUUGAGGAAGUCGCCAGUAUCAAAAGAUGUAGACCUUAGAGCCCUUGCUAAGUACACUCAAGGCUUUAGUGGUGCCGAUAUUACAGAAAUCUGCCAGCGUGCCUGCAAAUAUGCUAUCAGAGAGAAUAUUGAGAAAGAUAUUGAGAGGGAGAGGAGGAGAAGAGAUAAUCCUGAGGCUAUGGAAGAGGAUGAUGUAGAAGAUGAGGUAGCAGAGAUUAAGGCUGCUCAUUUCGAGGAGUCGAUGAAGUUUGCUCGUAGAAGUGUGAGCGACGCCGACAUUCGUAAAUACCAAGCAUUUGCCCAAACACUGCAGCAGUCAAGAGGGUUCGGUUCCGAAUUCAGGUUCUCAGAAAACACUUCAGGAACUGCGGCUGCUGACCCGUUUGCAACUUCUGCUGGCGGAGCUGACGAUGACGAUCUUUACAACUAGGUUCGUAUAUGUCAUGUAUGUUUAGAACAUUUCUCCCUCUUCUCUAGCACCGCAAAUUUGUGUCCCGUUUCCCAUAUAAAGAUCUGUGGGGGAGGAGGAGCCUUAAGUUGGAGGGCUGUUUGGUCCCAAACUUGGCUUCAUGGCCCCCCUUGGGUAGUGAUACUUGCCUAUAAUGUAGACUUCAGUUGUUUAUUUCCUUUACUGCUUUAAAAUGGAGAAUUUAGGACACCAUAAGAUUGCUCUUCGGGCAUUACUGAAUCCCUUCCCUCCAUUUGGUUCUUGUGAAUGAUGAACUCAGUUCUAUCUUCCAAACCAUUGAAAAUAUUUUUAGAAACUAAUGUUGUGUUUGGUUAUAUAAUCUAUUGGAAAUCUCAA